AUGCAAACCAGGUUGAAGAAACUGGAACCUGACUUCCAAGGUGAGAUGGGAACAAGAGAAAUUGUUCAGGUUGCAGGAAAGGGAAUUCUUGUGAUAGAGACCAAAUUAGGAAGGAAGCACAUUCAAGAAGUGAUGCUUGUUCCUGGACUUGAAGAGAAUCUGCUUAGUGUUGGACAGAUGGUGAAGCACGGGUACUAUUUGGUGUUUGGAGGAAAUUUAGUAAACAUCUUCAAUGGUUGGUCACUGGACAAUCUUGUUGCUAGAGUUCAGAUGACAAACAACAGGUGUUUUCCUCUUACAACGAUGCUUGCAAAUCAGUUGGCCUUGAAGGCAAGUGUGACACGCUAUCUGCAAAUAUGGCACAAGAGAUUGGGGCAUCUAAAUGACAGAAGCAUCAAACUGCUUGAAGAUCAAGAAAUGGUUCAUGGGUUGCCUCAUUUGGAGAAAACUUAUGUUGUGUGUGAAGGUUGCAUACUAGGAAAGCAACACAGAGAUUCUUUUCCAUCAGAAUCUACUUGGAGAGCUAAAUUUCCAUUGGAAUUGGUUCACAUAGACAUCUGUGGACCAAUGAAAACUGAAUCUAUCUCAGGAAAUAGGAACAAGUCAAAUGCAUUUGAAUGUUUCAAGAAGUUCAAAGCUAUGACUAAACCACAAUGUGGAUAUAAGGUGAAAGGCUUAAGGAGUGAUAGGGGUGGAGAAUUUCUGUCAAACGAAUUUAACAAGUAUUGCAAUGAACUUGGGAUCCAAAGACAGUUAACUAUGACAUAUUCCCAUCAACAGAAUGGGGUGGCUAAGAGGAAGAAUAGAAUGGUGGUGGAAAUGGCAAAGUCCAUGUUGUAUGAAAAGGGUCUUCCUUACGAGUUUUGGACAGAGGCUGUGAACACUACAGUAUACAUACUUAAUAGAUGUCCCUCCAAGUCUCUCAAGAAGGUAUUCCAUUUGAAGCAUACAUUGGCAGAAAACCAGGCUAUAGACUCUGUGAAAAAGGGUACAAGGUGGUUGAUCCAAGUUCCAAAAAGAUCAUCUUGUCCAGAGAUGUACUCUUUAAUAAGAAUGCUUCAUGGAAGUGGGAGAACACUGAUAAAAAUGAAAUGA